CCCUCCAGGCCCCGCCCAACGCCGCCGCCCGCUUCUGCAGCCCGUGAAGAAGCGAGGCUGGCCCAAGGGCAAGAAGCGGAAGAAGAUUCUCCCGAAUGGCCCCAAGGCGCCCGUCACCGGCUACGUGCGCUUCCUGAACGAGCGGCGAGAGCAGAUCCGCACGCGCCACCCGGACCUGCCCUUCCCCGAGAUUACCAAGAUGCUGGGUGCUGAGUGGAGCAAGCUGCAGCCGGCGGAGAAGCAGCGUUACCUGGACGAGGCGGAGAGGGAGAAGCAGCAGUACAUGAAGGAGCUGCGAGCGUACCAGCAGUCGGAAGCCUACAAGAUGUGCACGGAGAAGAUUCAGGAAAAGAAGAUCAAGAAAGAAGAUGCAGGCUCCGGGCUCAUGAAUACUCUCUUGAAUGGACACAAGGGCGGGGACUGCGACGGCUUCUCCACCUUCGACGUUCCCAUCUUCACCGAAGAGUUCUUGGACCAAAACAAAGGUGGGCGGCGACCGCGG